AUGCAUCCUCUUGUACAUUCUUCAUCAGCCAACACAGCCUUACUAAAAUCGAAAUGGCACACUUUCAAGGAAUGGAUUACACCAGAAGGUAUAACGAAAAGAAGGCCUUCCCAAUGUAGUACAACGUCCACCAAUUCAACUGCAUCCACCACCUCUACAACAACUACCCAUACCGCUGCUAUUACUGCUGCGGCAACGGGGGCUUUACCUUACUGUUUAUGCUGUUGUUACAAUGGUAAUAACCAUGAACCAUCCAUAGCCACUAUCGGACGAGAAGGUUUAUUACCCAUAGGAGGAAUAGAAACAGGAGUGGAUUACAAUAUUCAUAAUAACAACAACAAUAAUAACAACAACAACAACAACAACAGCAAUAAGCAUGAUCCUCAUUGUUUGCAUAAUACAAGACACCAUCAGACAAGUACUCAUCUCUACUCAAUGAUGGAUAAAUGUAUAUUGCAACCCUUUCGUCGCAGGCCAUCGAACGCAUCGGCCUCUCUCGAACACAGGCAACAACAACAGCAACACAAGGAAUCUUUAUUAGAGAAAUGCUAUCAACUCUAUUACUUUGCUAUGGAUGAAUUAAAGUAUGCUGAAGAUUCCAAAGGGUCGCCUUACUAUAUGGGUGACGUAGUUGCAGCAAAAGAGGCCAUUAGCCAUUGUGAACAAGCGUAUCAUGCACUCAUGGAUCAGUUAUCGCAGCAUAGGAUGGAAAAUGAUGAUGCUUACCAAAGCCAUUUACAGUCAACGAUAGGCUUCAAAAUAUCCAUGCUCAAGCUAAAGUUUGAUUCACUGCCACUGUUGCCAGACGCAAUCGACCCACAUUCACUCUACUCACCUAAUGCCUACCAUCCCUCCUAUACAUAA